AUGAGGAUGUGUGAGCGCGGCGUCCAGAUGCUGAUCACCACCCUGGGCGCCUUCGCCGCCUUCAGCCUCAUGACCAUCGCGGUGGGCACCGACUACUGGCUCUACUCCCGCGGCGUCUGCAGGACCAAGUCCAGCAGCGACAACGACACCAGCCGGAAGAACGAGGAAGUCCUGACGCACUCGGGCUUGUGGCGGACCUGCUGCCUGGAAGGGACUUUCCGAGGAAUCUGCAAGCAGAUCAAUCAUUUUCCAGAUGAUGCUGACUAUGAUCAGGACGCUGCUGAGUAUCUCUUGCGUGCUGUAAGAGCCUCCAGCAUCUUCCCCCUCCUCAGUGUGGGUCUCCUGUUCUUCGGGGGACUCUGCGUGGCGGCCAGUGAGUUUUACAAGAGCAAACUCAAUGUCAUUCUGAGCGCAGGCAUCUUUUUCGUUUCCGCAGGGCUCAGCAACAUCAUAGGGAUCAUAGUUUACAUCUCAGCCAAUGCGGGGGACCCCGGGCAGAGUGACUCCAAGAAGAGCUAUUCCUAUGGGUGGUCCUUCUACUUUGGUGCCCUCUCCUUCAUCAUUGCUGAGAUGGUUGGUGUUGUUGCUGUCCACAUGUACAUCGAAAAGCACCGCCAGAUCCGGGCCAAGUCUCACUCCGUGGCCCUCCUGAAGAAGUCCACCUUUGCCCGCUUGCCCACCUAUCGGUACCGGUUCCGACGGCGAUCCAGCUCCCGCUCCACAGAGCCACGGUCGAGGGACCUGUCUCCCAUCGGCAAAGGCUUUAAUACCAUCCCGUCCACUGAUAUCUCCAUGUUCACUCUUUCCAGGGAUCCUUCCAAGGUGACUAUUGGGACUUUGCUGAACUCAGAGAGAGAUCACGGUUUUUUACAGAUCCACAACUCCCUCCCCAAAGAGUUCAAAGAAUCUUUGCAUAACAACCCUGCCAACAGACGAACCACUCCCGUCUGA